GCUCUCUUUGAUCGCUCCCACCCUCUGGUUUCCUGUUCCUUCCCAGCUUCCGUCCUUUCCUUUUGCUCUGUGGCGCUGAUUCUUCGCCGGUGCCAUGGCAAAGAUCAAGGCCCGUGAUUUACGAGGGAAAAAGAAGGAAGAGCUGUUGAAGCAGUUGGAGGAUCUCAAAGUAGAAUUGUCCCAGCUACGUGUGGCCAAGGUCACUGGAGGAGCAGCCUCCAAACUCUCCAAGAUCCGGGUUGUGCGCAAAUCCAUCGCCAGAGUACUGACAGUCAUUAACCAGACCCAGAAGGAAAACCUCAGGAAGUUCUAUAAAGGCAAAAUGUACAAGCCUCUAGACCUGCGGCCCAAGAAGACACGUGCCAUGCGGCGUAGGUUGAACAAGCAUGAAGAGGGUCUGAAGACCAAAAAACAACAGCGGAAAGAGCGCCUGUACCCCCCUCGGAAAUUUGCCGUGAAGGCAUGAGCUUCCAGCACACAGCUGCCCUGGGGGCUUCCCUUUUCCCAUUAAAGGUGUUUUGUCUUUCAAA